AUGUUAUUUACUCUUUCUUCUCCUUGUCAAACUCUUUCGUCAUCUCACCUUAAUUUUCCAAAUAACUCCUUCUAUCGUAUUAAGUGUGACGGUGGUAAAGUUCCAGUCUUUCCGCAGAAAACCCGCGAAAGGAAUUACCUCAUUGAAAGGGGUUUGGAGUUUAGCACAGGGGACGCAUUUUAUCGGGAGGAAAGUGCCACCGGCCGGGACCUUGGUGUUUUGGCCGCAUCAUUACAUAAGAACGACAACGGAAGCUUGCGGGUGCUAGACGCAUUGUGUGGAUGUGGUAUUCGGUCGAUUCGGUACUUGGCACAGGCUGGAGCGGAUUUUGUUGCGGCAAAUGAUGGGAAUGAAAGUUAUCAAAGCACCAUCGUUGAGAAUUUGUCAAGCGUUUCCUCGGAAGAGGAGGGAAGAUGGGUGGUUACUCAUUUGGAGGCUAAUAGGGUUAUGAUGGAUUAUUAUUUACAGAAGAGUUUAUUUGAUUUCAUUGACAUUGAUUCUUUUGGGAGUGACUCUUCGUUCUUGAGGUCUGCCAUCAGUACUUUGAAAUUCGGUGGUUUGCUCUAUGUCACUUCCACCGAUGGCUACUCAUCUGGUGGUCACCGUCCUCAUCAUUCUUUAGCUGCAUAUGGAGCUUAUGUGCGUCCUAUGCCUUAUUCAAAUGAGAUUGGUUUGAGAAUGCUUAUAGGUGGGGUUGCCAGGGAAGCUGCAGUGUUCGGGUAUCAUAUCACACCCUUGUUUUCUUACUUUGCUUUUCAUGGACCUGUUUUCCGAGUCUUGCUCAGAUUGAACCGUGGGAAGAUUCAUGACAGUAGGCAUUAUGGUUACAUUGGCUACUGUCACCAGUGUGGAAAUUCCCAUGAGUUUUCUUGGGAUCAACUUGGUCAGAUCAGUUGCUCGUGCAGCACGUCAAAGGUUUCAGACUCCCUUGUGGUGUCAGGACCUCUUUGGACAGGGCCCCUUCAUGAGUCUGCGUAUCUUAUGGACAUGCUAAAUCUGGCUAAGCAGUGGGGAUGGAUAAGCUGUGAUGGUAAAGACAGCCUUGAAAAGCUUAUAACAGUGAUGGUGGAUGAAAGUGACCCCAAGUUGCCAUUUGGGUACAUCAAGCUGGAUGAGAUGGCAAGCCGUGCAAAAAUCAAUUCUCCACCUUUGAAGGCCUUGAUGAGCUCCAUGCACCAGAAGGGUUAUGCUGCCAGCAGGUCUCACAUAGAAAUGAAUGCAAUCAAGACAAAUUGCCCCAUGACAGAAUGUAUUAAGAUUGCCAAAGAACUACUGCAGGUUUCUAUAGCUUAA